UUAAAUGAAUUUCUGGAAAAGGAAGACGCGGGAGCAAAAUCGCAAUUGCGUCCACACACGAACGUGGAGGAGGAAACGUCUUUUCUCCUGCUAUCACAAGGAGGCCAAGUCGCCGGCCGGGAGAAUUUUAACGGCACCGCUUGAUCUGGAUUUUGAAGUACGGAAUCAAAUAGCCUCCGCACAACCAAAACACAUUCAAUCUGGCAGAAAAUUGGCUAGGCCAAUAGCUUGGUACCGCUUGCCGGUGCCUUUUCGUCUCUCUUAGCUAUUAGCUUAUCUCCCAUGUAAUAAAAACUUCUAGGUGCUCGACGAAAGUCCUGAAUGACGAAAACCCCGUCGUAUAACGCGCAUCGGGCAUAGAAAUCAUUUCAAUAAUGUCCUCUUUACUUUUAAAUACUUCAAAUUUCAAAAAAGUUCAUGGAGGAGUGGCUUUUCAAAAUGUUUCUGGUUUGCUACUGAAGACUUCUAUGCCCUUUGGUUUGCAGUCAAAGUCAUUUGACUUUCGCAGCUUGAAAACUAAACAUUGCGAUGUGAAGCCGUUGAUGAUCCAAGCGAGAGGAAACUCUAAAACAGAAAGUGCAAAAGUUAGAAAUAGGAGGUUGCAGAAAAAGUAUAAUGGCACUCCUACAAGACCAAGGCUUUCAGUAUUUUGUUCCGAUAAACAGUUGUAUGCAAUGUUGGUUGACGAUCAGAAUAAGAAGUGUUUGUUUUAUGGAAGCACCUUACAAAAAUCCAUGCGUCCAACUCCCUCAUGCACCACCAUCGAAGCUGCUCAACAUGUUGGUGAAGAACUUGUAAAAGUAUGUGGGGACUUGAACAUACACGAAAUAUCAUCGUAUGACCGAAAUGGGUUUGCUCGCGGAGAGAAGAUGCAAGCCUUUGAAAUUGCAAUUUCACGCUAUGGGUUCUUACAACGAUAGAUAUACGAAAAAAAUAAGGCAAGUUCUAAAUGUAAAUGUGGAGAAAAGGUUGGUUAGGGCAAUAGAAAUCCGAGAUAAUCACUAGAAAUGUAUCAUUGAUCAAACUUAAUUUAACACAAAUCAUUUUGAGCACAAAAAAUGAGUUGUGAUUAAGUAUGAUCUGGUAAAAUUCGAUUGAUUAUCUACUGUUACUAUAUUCUCACUGUACAGGCUACAACUCUCGCUCUCUGUCGCUUUGAAAUAUACAAAAUUUCAAGCAACUCUUUAAUUCA